AUGUCUUUCUUCGGUCAAGGCUACCAUCACCCAUACCAAGGUCACUCGGGUCGACGAAGCUUCCUUCCCGCCACUCACCUCCCGCCUCAUCUCCCUUACCAGGCAUUCUCCCAACCCUCGGCACCAGUCUACGAGCCUGAGUACUAUUACCACCAAGGUCCGCCUCCUCAUCCCUACCACUCGACCUAUGGCCACCCAUCCGCCACGGCUUCACCCUACGAAGCCGACAUCGAUGCGGAAGAACGAGCAGCUCUGGCACACCUACAAGCUAUUCGAGAGCGUCGACAAGCUGUUGACGCCCGCUUGAACCGUGAAGCAGAGAUCAAAGCUGAGCGAGAGUUGGCUUAUCAAGCUGCUCUCCAACGAGAAAAGGAAGCGGAGCUCAAGAGGGAAAAGUUGGCUCGACAGCGAGCUCAAGCCCUCGAGCGACUCAAGGAACGACAGAGGUUGAUUGAACGCGCUCAAGCCGAACGAGAACAACAACGACGACGACAGGAAAUUGCUAAGGCUCAAACUUUGGACGCUUGGCAAGCUCAACUUGUCACAGCCGCGAAAGCCAAGGCAUACGCCUUCGCGCAGGCUCAAGCUGAGCAAGCCGCUCGAAACGCUGCCGCCAUAGCUCAGGAGAAGAAACGACAGUACUGUCAGAGAAUUCGAGAGGAACAAGCUAAACGAAAGGCUUGUGCGGAAAACUGUGCGAGACGACAAGUCGCCGAUAAGAAGGAUGACAAGGAGUUCGAGGGCGAGGACGGUUUGAAGAUUAUCAACGACUUGCUCAGUGGAUUCUUUGGUAUCAAUCUCAUUCGUGAGGACCCUACCAAGGCUACCGAAGCGACUCAAGACGCCUCUCCCGUCACUGCCGAAUCUGCCACCAAGGAAUCAGCCCCUGUAACCGUCGAAGUCAAAUCUGCGCCUGUCGCCACGGAGUCGGUCCCCGCUACGCAGAAGAACACAGAGACUCCGACAUCGAAGGAGAACGUCGCCGCACCCGAGCCCUCUACUGCCUUUCCAUCAGAUCUCAACGACCUGCUUUCUCACUUCCUCGGACUUCGAGUCGACCCUGCCAAAGAUGGCGAAGCUCCCACUAGUCAACCCGACAAGAACAUCAUCGGUGGCUUGAACCAGUUCCUUGGUCAAUUCGGACUCGAAUUCGAACCUACCACCGAGCCCGCUACGGAAGCUCAGCCCCCCCAGGCGUCGGGAUCUGGCUCCUCCUCAAAGCCCACCGAAACCGCCUCCAAGCCGGAUGCGACUUCCUCCGCCACGAACGAGGAGAUUCCCGCCAAACAAGCGACUACUCCCAUUUCCGACUUCCUCAAUGGUCAUUACGAGAUCCCACCUUUCGUGCGAGACAUCCUUGCCAACGUCGAAGUCGCUUUGACCCAAGGACAAGAUUUCAAGGCAGAGCCAGAGGUUAAAGGAAAAGGCAAAGGCGUCGCUGAAGGUGAAAAGCCAGCUGCUCGACCUGCCAAAGUCCCCGACCUACACUUCGAGUCUGCGACACCGGCCGAGACUGUAGAAACCGUCUCGUCAUCCGCUUCCAUUGACAAAUUGGACAAUAUCGCUCAUGAGCUCUACCUCGCCACUGAGUCGUUCGAGUUCCCUCGAAAGCUAGUCUUUGCACCUAACAACAAUGCCGAACAACCUCAACUCUUGUUCAACAAGACAAAUUCGGGGUACCACGCUCAGGCUCACAAGCUCCUCCAACUCCUUCUCGCUGCUGAUGGAGUGUCAAGCGGUGGAGACAAGGAUGUGCGACGAAAGCGAAAGGAUGUAGUCCGAGCUGUUGAAGGUGCCAUCGAGGCUCUGGAGAAGAAGCGAGAUGACCUUUGGACUCAAGUCAAGGAGAAGAGGGAGCACGGGGAGGAGAGUGACCUCGAAGACGUUGCAGUCUCUUCUGGAGCUUCGACCCUCAGCGACAUUGAACACGUCGAACUUGGUGAUUUCGAGGAGCACGCUGAGGAGAAAAAUGAAGAGUCUACACAAGAAGCUAUCAAAGGGUUCGAAGCCACCGAUGGUCCCUCUGAGGUGGUCUUUGACGCCCAUGAACACGAAAAGGCAGACGAGGCCCAACCCGCUGCCGAAUCGUCUUCAGACAAGGUUGAGGAUCAGGCGACGGAAGUGACGACUGCCGAUGACAAGGAGACGACGGAGACGGAGACGACGGCCCCGCAAGUUCAGGAGGAUAAGGUGGAGUCUCUCACACCGCCUCCCAAAUCACCUGCCUCUCGCUCUGUCACCGUCGAGGAUCAAGAAGAAGGAUAUGAAGUUCUUUGA